AGUCAUUGGAGCCCGCGAGCGUGCGCGUGGAUCGCUACCGCGCAUCAUCCAGCUCGCGCAUAUCCGGUCCGCGCCGCGCUGGAGGAGCGAUGCGGCGAUGCGGCGCAGCGGCGGCACCGAGGAGGAGGGACCUGACAGUCAGCCGGGUGGGAUGUGAACACUCUCAUUUCUAGAUCAAACACAGAGUUUCCCAUCGUACGUUUCGCUAGCGAAGAGGACUAUGAUACGCACUACUUGUCAGACAAUGUUGGGCCAUUGACUGGUGACUUGUCUCCGUGGACCAUCGCUGACGGUCUGCCCCAGCUCCGCAGAGCCCAGUCUGUCCAGCCUUCCAGUUCCUUCGGGCGGACUCCAGACCUGCACACGUCCUAGACACAAGCGCCACCUUCCACCUCGUCCUCCCUCCCAGGGGAGAGCCGCGGGCCUGCCACCAUGGUGCUGUCACAGAGGCAGCGAGACGAACUAAACCGAGCGAUAGCAGACUAUCUCCGGUCCAAUGGCUACGAGGAGGCCUACUCCACCUUCAAGAAGGAGGCGGAGAUAGACAUGAAUGAAGAGGUAGAUAAGAAGUACGCCGGCCUUCUGGAGAAGAAAUGGACCUCAGUCAUCAGAUUACAGAAGAAGGUGAUGGAGCUGGAGUCCAAGCUGAACGAGGCCAAGGAGGAGAUGACCCAUGGGGGCCCCGUGGGCCAGAAGAGGGACCCCAAGGAGUGGAUACCCCGCCCGCCCGAGAGAUACGCCCUGAGCGGGCACCGCGCACCGGUGACGCGCGUCAUCUUCCACCCUGUGUUCUCCGUCAUGGUCACGGCCUCCGAGGACGCCACCAUUAAGGUGUGGGACUAUGAGGCGGGGGACUUUGAGCGGACCCUGAAGGGCCACACAGACUCUGUGCAAGACAUCUCCUUCGACCAGACGGGCAAGCUGCUGGCCUCCUGCUCAGCAGACAUGAGCAUCAAGCUGUGGGACUUCCAGGGCUUCGAGUGCAUCCGGACCAUGCAUGGCCACGACCACAAUGUGUCUUCUGUAGCCAUCAUGCCCAACGGAGACCACAUCGUGUCCGCCUCCAGAGACAAGACCAUCAAGAUGUGGGAGGUGGCCACUGGCUACUGCGUGAAGACAUUCACGGGCCACCGGGAGUGGGUGCGCAUGGUGCGCCCCAACCAGGACGGCUCCCUACUGGCUAGCUGCUCCAACGACCAGACGGUGCGCGUGUGGGUGGCCUCCUCCAAGGAGUGCAAGGCGGAGCUCCGGGAGCACGAGCACGUGGUGGAGUGCAUCGCCUGGGCCCCGGACAGCGCCCACCCCACCAUCCUGGAGGCCACCGGCUCCGAGAAUAAGAAGAGUGGCAAGCCUGGGCCGUUCCUGCUCUCGGGCUCCAGAGACAAGACCAUCAAGAUGUGGGACGUCAGCACCGGCAUGUGUCUCAUGACGCUGGUCGGCCAUGACAACUGGGUGCGGGGAGUCGUGGUGCAUCCCGGCGGCAGGUUCAUUGUGAGCUGCGCUGAUGACAAAACCCUGCGAAUCUGGGACUACAAGAACAAGCGCUGUAUGAAGACCCUGUGUGCCCAUGAACACUUUGUUACCUCUCUGGAUUUCCACAAGAGCGCCCCCUAUGUGGUGACGGGCAGCGUCGACCAGACAGUCAAAGUCUGGGAGUGUCGCUGAGGCCGAUGUCGAUAAACCCCGCCCUACUCCGCCCAAACCCCGCCCGCUUUCCAGCGUAACCCCCUCCAACCCCGCCCCCGUCCAGCCUCCUGCACUCCCAACCAUAGUUAACCUUCCCCCUCCCUCUACUAUUCCAGCUCUAUCAACAUGACUAUUGUCCUUUUAUGUAAAUUAUUCUGGAUGUAGGGUACGCUUAAUAAAUGUCACGCAACCUCUUGACACAAGAACACACACACAGCAACAGAAGUAUUCCUUGCAUGGUGAAUCAAAUGGAGAAGAAAAAAAAGAAUUGUAUACUGUUGAAUUUGCCUAAUUUGCAUACCGUCGUCAUGACUCCAGAGGGGUCCAGGGUUAAAUGUAUCUGUGUCCGGGUAACUGACAAGUUGAGCACGAAAAAAAAUACAAUCUUGACCCGCCGUGGCUGAAGAGUUUAGGUUGCAGUUUUUUUUUUUUUUUUUAUACAUCCCAACCUCCACUGUGGGGUCUGUCGUCGCAGCGGGGGGGCUGGAGACGGAGACCACAGAGAGGUUUCGGUCCUGGUCUGUAGUACACCGCCUGGUCUGUAGUACACUGCCUGGUCUGUAGUACACUGCCUGGUCUGUAGUACACUGCCUGGUCUGUAGUACACUGCCUGGUCUGUAGUACACUGCCUGGUCUGUAGUACACCGCCUGGUCUGGAGUACACCACCUGGAGGUGGAAAAUGGAUCAUGCUUUAGCCCCCAUCCCCGUAGAACACAUGCGUUUCUUUCCAAAAGCGUGUGUAUGACUGCGUGUGUGUGUGUGUGUGUGUGCGCGUGUGUAUUCGUCUGUGUGUAUAUAAUGACAGGGCAAACGGUUUCCGCCAGCUCUUCUCUGAUUGGACAGGACGUGGCACAGAGGAGGGGGAGAAAGGAGAGCUUCUGGCUCUGUUGGUUCCUCUAUAGUGAGAGCGUGUGUAGUAGACACUCACGGACCUUAAAUAUCCCUAUGCUGCUGAGUAGACACAGGUGUGUUUCACAGAGGUCUGCUCACCUUUUUAUGAGCUGUCGAUGUGUGAGUGUUUGCCCCCCACCCAACCCCCCCCCCCCCCCGUCCUGUUGCUCGCUCUCUUUCUGCCUUGUACGCCCGUCACACUCCCUCACGGGGAGGACGUUCUGCUUUCUGUGGUCCCACUGCUCUUUACACACACGCAUACACUCAGAAAUGCACAUACACUCACAAUACAUUUUGUGUAUCAAUAUAUCUGGAUGUCAUUGUUUGCAACAUAAUGAAAUAAAAAAUCUGUAAAUGUAACGUUUCGUGGUUCUGGCGUCUCUUUUAAAAGCGAUAUGCUGUAGGUACUCGGGGA